AGAGCACUGACAAACAAAAUGGCGGACGAACUGAUGUCUGAUUUGUGAGAGAUUCCUUCACCAACAGAAGAAAAAAACAUGGCAUCGUGUUGAGUGUUUCCUAUUUUAGGCCCAAGCAACACCUCAUGGAUUCCUUUAGAGCUAUAAUUAAAUGUGUUUGUUGUAUUUUGAAUUCUUACAUCAUGGGCUAUAAACGCGAUCAGUCAUGCGAACUUUUGCUUCUGAGAACAGCUCAGAGACAACAUGAAAAGCUAUGUCUUUUGUUCAGGGUCUUUUUGCGGCCCGAUUAUCUCGCUUACUGCAUCCUCUUCUACUUUUGGUUGGUAUAUCUCUUUUGGGUGAUGCGUUAGAUAUAAAGAACUCCUACUGUAAGUGCGAAGAGUUUCCGAUCGAGGAUCGGCCGUUUGUAGCGAUAUGGAACGCCCCGACGGGUGGAUGUUCCGUCAAUUUCAGCAUUAACAUCAACUUGAGAGACUUUGACAUUCUGGAAAAUCCGAAACAAACUUGGAAUGGAAAAUAUGUGACUGUUUUUUAUAAUGCACAACUGGGAUUAUAUCCCUAUUUUACUAACGAACAGGGAACAAACAGCUACAAUGGAGGAAUGCCCCAGCUGAUAAAUUUAGCUGCACAUCUUGACAAAAUGAAAAGAGAUAUCAUUAAAAAAAUCCCAGACCCAGAUUAUAAUGGCCUUGCUAUAAUAGACUGGGAAGGUUGGCGCCCGACAUGGGAAAGAAACUUUGAUUCUAAACGAAUUUAUCAAAGUAGAUCAGUGGAGCUUGUCCAAGACAAACAUCCCGAGUGGUCCAUGGAAAACGUUAUUGAGGAAGCAAGAAAAGAAUUUGAAAGAACUGCUCGGGUAUUUAUGGAAAGUUCUAUCAAGUUAGCCAGACAAAUCAGACCCAAGGGAUUAUGGGGAUUCUAUGGGUUCCCUGACUGUUUUGGAUCAAAUGAAACAAAUUACCGCUGUUCUGAUGAUGUAAGUAAGGUCCAUCAUUAAAUAAAUUACU